GGUAGCAGCAGCAAUAUAAGUCGAGUCGGGAGUAGAGUCCCGAGCUGAGUCCCGAGCGGCGAGCGGACUGACGCGACCCGGGCGACUGUCUAGGGAGCUCGCCAUGCCAAUGCAUUUCAUCUUCUCAGAUGAGGCCGUACUUCUCUUUGAUUUCUGGAGAGUCCACAGCCCUACAGGCAUGGCUCUCUCAGUGCUGGUAGUCUUGCUCCUGGCUGUAUUGUAUGAGGGCAUCAAGGUUGGCAAAGCCAAGUUGCUCCACAAGACUCUGGAGAGCCUGCCUACUACCACCAGCCAGCAGCUCAUCUUGGAACCAGACCAGGAUUCUACAGGCUCCAGAUCAACUUCAGACAAUAGGACCCGCCUCAGGUGGUUUUUGUGUUACUUUGGCCAGUCACUAGUCCAUGUCAUUCAGGUGGUAAUUGGCUACUUUGUGAUGCUGGCUGUCAUGUCCUACAAUACCUGGAUUUUCCUCGGUGUGGUCCUGGGGUCAGCUGUGGGCUACUACCUAGCCUACCCACUUCUCAACAUGACUUAGUGGGCCAGAGAUGUGCAGUGCCGAGGGCUGGAGAGAGCUGGGGCCUCUGUUCCAGGCAUUGCACUUCCAGCGGCUUUUCCUUAUGAUGGCCAUUGCUUACCUUUUUCCCAGUUCCUGAUGACUUUGAGAUGAAGCAGCAAAUGGUCCCUGGAGCUUAGAAGCCAUUGAAGCUACCUCCCUCCUCAGCCUAUAUAGGGUCCAGGCCUCCUGUGGUGCCUUAAGCAAGUAGCUGUGACCAAAGGGAACAUGGAGAGACUGGAAGCUGGAGGUAGCGUGGCCAGCCUGUGACAUAGAUCUCUGACUGCAAAUUAAAGUUUUCCAAAGAGCUUCAGUGAUAAAGGCCAUGGAACCUGGAUUUGUGCCUUAUGUCAGGGUCAUCGCCAGUCUUUGGGGGAUGGACCAUGCCAGCUCCUUGUUCUCACCCUUUUGCCUUGGAACACAGGGAUUGUCAUUGACAGAACAAGCUUUCCAUUUUCAACUCCUGGUUGGCAAUUUUGCACAUUCAUACAAAACAAAAUUUCUAAUGAACUCAUUGUAUUUAGGAUGGAUGCCAGUGUCUGUUGAGACUUGUCUUCCCUUCUUGAGGGAAGACUGAUGCUAAUUAAAGGCAGAGAGCCAGGACUGUUACUGAGGCUGUGGGCUUGUCUUCUGUGCAGAUGAGCUCUUCCUGUCUGCCAGCAGUGCCUGCAAAGGGAAAGUGGUCAGGGCCUUGCCUGAGCCUCUUGUAUGCACCACAGAGAACAGCACCUGGCAACAGAGCUGACCGCCCCUCCCUUAUUUUUACUUACUGCUAACUGAUCUUGUAGGAAAUAUGAGUCAGUCACUUUAAUACUGACUCAGCAGGGGUGUGCUAGGGGCUGGGUACUGACUGAGGGUGCAAUAGCAGUCAAACCAAAGCUAGGUCAUUUUAAGAGUUAAGUGUACUGCAGAUAUUUGAGCCUUUUCAAUUUACAGAGAAAGUUAUGACCUGUAAUCUUCAGUAACUUGGAGGCUGAGGCAGGAGAUUGUGACUUUGAGGGCAACCUGGGCUACAAAGAGAGUUCCAGGUCAGCCUGAGAUACACAGUGACACACACACACACACACACACACACACACACACACACACACACACGCUCACACACACACACACGCGACCAUCACUGCUACAUACUAUAUAAUGUCUGUGUUCAAGUACCUCAUGAGCUCAAUGAAAAGAUGGUUUUAAGAAGCUUUGGGAGUUAAAAACAAAUACACUUUAAUAAAUUUCUAUUUUUGAACAGUC